ACCGACGUUGACAAUAGAUUCACAACCACAACCAACUUAAUUGAUUAGUAAGCAGAAUUAUCCGAAGUCGAUUAGUAGCCGCAUUUACAAUAUUUUUCCUAAACUUUAAAUUGAAUUAGUUCAAUCAAGUGUAACUGGUAUUAAGAACAUUCAAACUUGAAAAAUCGCUCAAAAUGGAUAAUUACCUGUUCGAAGGCGGUCGCAUCACCAAAAUGGAGGUGGAUUAUUCACCUGCAUGUGAUGAGAAAAUUCCUUUAGCUAAAGAUAUGGCGAAAAAAAAUCCGGAAGCCUUCCACGACGCCAUCGAGUUGCUCCUACAGCUUGAGAAACAAACUCGUCUGGGCGCCGACAUGGUUUCUUGUUCGCGGGUACUUGUCGCAAUAUGCCAAAUCUGUUUCGAGGCUCAAAACUGGAACGCUUUAAAUGAAUAUGUUUCCUUAUUGGCACGUCGGCGAUCUCAACUUAAACAAGCUGUCUCAAAAAUGAUUCAAGAAUGCUGCACUUAUGUUGAUAAAACGCCUGACAAGGCCACCAAAUUGAAGCUUAUUGAUACACUGCGUUCAGUGACUGAGGGUAAAAUCUAUGUAGAAAUUGAGCGUGCACGACUAACAAAAAUUUUGGCUGAUAUCAAAGAAGCUGAUGGAGAUAUUACCGGUGCAGCUUCGGUAAUGGAAGAGCUACAAGUCGAAACGUAUGGUUCUAUGGAUAAACGUGAAAAGGUUGAAUUAAUUUUGGAACAAAUGCGGCUUUGUUUAUUGAAAGAAGACUUUGUUUCUACGCAAAUCAUAGCAAAGAAAAUAAGCAUUAAAUUCUUUGAUGAUCCAGCUCAGCACGAUUUAAAACUGAAAUUUUACAACCUCAUGAUCCGGCUGGACCGUGAUGGUUCUUUCUUAAAAACUUCACGUCACUACCAGGCAAUCGCGGAGCCAGCACGUCCUGUGCCUGCUGUUCCGCAAUUAACUGAGGAGGAAAAGAAAAAAUUAAGCGAGGAAGAUAAAAAGAAACGAGAGGAUGAAAUAAAAGCAGCAGCUACUGCAGCGGCCGCAUUGUCAACUGUAGAAUUGACUCCCGAACAGGAAAAGGAACAAAAAGAGAAACUUAUCUGCGCUGUACUUUACUGCGUAUUAGCGCCAUUUGACAAUGAACAGAGUGAUAUGAUGGCACAUUUAUCGAAAAAGAAAAAGCUCGAAGAUAUCCCCGCUUACCGUGAAAUACUACGUUUGUUCAUGUCGAAGGAACUGAUAAAUUUCGACACAUUCAACGUUGAUUUUGGAAGUGUAUUGGCCGAAAAUGAAAUGUUUUCAGAAAGCACAAAACAUGGGCGCAAAUGUAUAUCUGAAUUAAAGGAUCGUCUAAUAGAGCACAAUAUUCGUAUAAUCGCGAUGUACUAUUCCCGCAUUCACCUCCAACGCAUGAGUGAGUUACUCAACUUGCCAUCAAACCGCUGUGAAGAAUAUCUUUCGAAAUUGGCGAAUACUGACACCAUACGAGUUAAAAUUGAUCGCCCUGUUGGAAUUAUUUACUUCACAACCAAAAAGAGCGCCUCCGAUAUUUUGAAUAACUGGGCGAACGAUGUGAAUCAGUUGAUGUCAUUGGUAAAUAAAACCUGUCAUCUUAUCAAUAAGGAAGAAUGCAUUCAUUCUGCUAUUGGAGUAGUUGUAGAAGAGUAGAUUACCACAAAAAAUGUACUUUCUUUUUAACGUAAUUUUCGCGAAGCUGAUUUAAAUUUAAUUUACUUACAUUUAUAAUGCCCCAAAUAAAUGCAUUUCACAUUGAAUGUAUUAACAUUGAAGACUAGGCAUUAAAGCGAAAUAAAAUGUACGCAAGCUUAA